CUUUCGCGAACGACUCAUCACUUGAACAAAGUCACCUCGUUGUGUCGGUCAGGGAGAAGCUAAUGACAGCUAACGACAUCUUCUAAACUUAAACUCGUGUUUGUAUACUCAGAAACGUCACAAAUAUUUUACUGCUGUGUGACUUUUAAUUUUAACAGUUAAUUUCUUCUACCGUCUUUGAUUAUUGUUAAGUUAGCUGGCAUUUGCUCCCCUCAAAAAAGCUACCAUCAUGGCUGCGCUAAGAGCGUCCUAUCACAGGAUUUUGGACAGGAUCGAGCACAUACUGCCUGCCAAACUGAGACCUUUAUACAACCACCCAGCAGGUCCAAAAACAGUUUUCUUCUGGGCUCCAAUGUUCAAAUGGGGUCUGGUUGUAGCUGGUUUGGCUGAUAUGACUCGACCAGCAGAAAAGCUCAGUACCUCCCAGUCUGCAGUACUGACAGCAACAGGGCUCAUCUGGUCCAGAUAUUCACUGGUCAUCAUCCCAAAGAACUGGAACCUGUUUGCGGUAAACUUCUUUGUGGGCAGCGCCGGAGCGUCGCAGCUGUACAGGAUUUGGAGCUACAAUCAAGACCAGAAGGCUAAGGAGGUAACCGAGUCCUGAGUGUUCUCGGUGGACUAAAAGGACGACUUCACACCAGGCACCAACCUGUCCCCCGUUUCACGUCAUGUGUACCUCAUCACGUCGUUUCCAUGUUACCGCAGCCAUUGCCAGCUAACGUCAUCCGACCAUAUCCAAGCCCCUUUUCUCUGCUGGAAAUGUGCACUUUCCCUAAAGUUCCAAGUUUCCUCAGGACGUUUAAUUGACAUAGAACAGGGGUCGGCAACCUUUACUAUGAAAAGAGCUAUUUUACCCCCUAGCCCACUAAAGAGAAAUACCCUGGAGCCGCAAAACAUACGUUUAAAACAACGUUGGAGGGAAUUUGGGGCUAUCAAAGUAGUUCAGAUAACAAAAGACGAGUUAGAGUACGCUUGCUAGUAAACUAGCAGUAAACUACUGUAAACUUACCUGAUGCUCUGCCGCAAACAAGUUCCCAUGCAGCUGUUUUUUUUUUAAUUAUUUUAAUUUUCCUUCAUGUUUCUGCCAGAAAUCAGUCAGGAUGCAUUCAUGGUCACACACAAAAUUGGAUUUUUUUUUUUUAAACUCAUUACAAAGACGUGUAUUUUCCCCACUCGGGUGUUAAAAAAUAUUCAAGCAUUGCAAAGGGAGCCACAACAAAAAGGCUGAAGAGCCACAUGCGGCUCUGGAGCCACAGGUUGCUGACCCCUGACAUAGAACAAAAAACAAACUUGAGAAUGAUAACCAAUGCAAAAGUAUGACUUUCUUUUUGUAACAAGUUCUGAUUGUACAUUUAGUUUGUCUUCAUGUGUCAUUCAGAAGUUUGGGUUGUUUUGCUUUUUCCAACAAGUGUAGCAAUCAUUACCUCAUGCAAUCAUUUCCCAAAAUUACCAGCGUUUAGUUACAUGGUUGUGAUGGAAGGAAUGUGUCCUCAUGAAAUUUAUUUAUGAUAUAAUUAUUCAUUGAUUCGUUUAAUGGCUUUGAACCAAGGAAGAACAAACUAAUCAAUUUAUUGCUUAAUUGUAUUUUUGUUGGCUUGUCCUAACUGAAUGUUGCAAUUGUUUUUAACUUGCAGUGUUUUAAUGCUAGCUAACAGUGGUACUGACAUGCUAAUGUCUUUGCAUUUGGGAAAGGGUUUUUGUCAUUAUAAAUCAGUCUUCAUAUUUUUUAAAUUCCCCACACCGUAUUGGUAAGAAAUGUUAUCACCUUAAUAUCUGAUCUGGUGAAAUAGCACUUUGAGGCACUGUGGAAAUGUAAUGGCUGUGAAAUAAAAACCCUGUUCAGCUACGAAA